AUGCAACACCCAAUUGAUUCAACCUCUCCCUAUUACCAAUACUAUCAAACCCACCUUCAUAAUUCCUCCUACCCAGUUUGGUUGCUCAAUUCAAUUCUGUAUUCUGGAAAACCAGAUGAUGCUAGUUAUGGAGAUGGCCCAGUAUCGCCACCAAGUGGUUGUAACAACUGUACCAUUUAUCAACAUCCCUGCCACCAUCAACCGCCACCGCCUUCGAGAUGCCAAUCACACGACACUCUGCCACCACCGGUGGUGCAAGGUAACUGCCCACCGGCACCAACUACUCCUAUUCAGUGUUGUCAAUAUGCACCUCCUAUGCCUUUCUAUUCUCCUUGUAACAAUUACUCGGAUCGGGUUCUUUGCAAUUUUCGAUGA